GCUGUGGGAUUGGCUGGUGGGGAGGGGAACAUGGCGAGGAAGGCGCAAGAAGGAGCGGAGAGUGAGAGCCGGCUCUGCCCGAUGGCCGAGGAAGGGGUGAGCACCGAACGGUGCGGGGAGGCUAAGAGCGAUCCUUGUAUGGAGGGCAGCCCGAGGUGGGGGCCCCAGCACGCAGGAGCAAAAGAGUUGGCGGAACUUUACUCUUCAGGAAAGCGCUUGCAAGAAUGGAUUUGUGUGAUUCUCUGCUUCAUUCUCCUCUGCUUCAACUUCGUCAGCCUCAUUCGAUAUUUCAGCUUCGAACACACGGCCAGCAUCAUUAUUAGCAUCUUUGCAGGGAUCAUUACUGCAGAUUUUGCCUCUGGACUAGUCCAUUGGGGAGCAGACACUUGGGGAUCCGUGGACCUGCCGAUUGUUGGGAAAGCCUUCAUCCGACCUUUUAGAGAACAUCACAUCGACCCUACUGCAAUUACAAGACACGACUUCAUCGAGACCAACGGGGAUAACUGCAUGGCAACGCUCAUUCCCUUGGCCUGCAUGGCCUACAAAUUCAUGUUCUACACUCCAGAUCUCAUUUACAAAACGUACCAACUUGAGUGCUUCAUCUUUGCCCUCGCCAUGUUUGUGACACUUACAAACCAGAUUCACAAAUGGUCUCACACCUAUUUUGGUCUUCCUGGCUGGGUGGUCUUCCUUCAGGACUGGCACAUCAUACUGCCCCGCAAACACCACCGUAUCCACCAUGUGUCUCCCCACGAGACUUACUUUUGUAUCACUACAGGCGUUAAAGUUCCUCGUAAUUUUCGACUUUUGGAAGAACUUGAAGAAGGCCAGAAAGGAGUGGGCGAUGGUACAGUUAGCUGGGGACUUGAAGACGAUGAAGACAUGACACUCACAAGAUGGACUGGCAUGAUUAUCGGACCUCCUAGAACAGGUUAUGAAAACCGAAUAUACAGCCUUAAAGUAGAGUGUGGUCCCAAAUACCCAGAAUCACCUCCAUAUGUUAGAUUUGUAACAAAAGUUAAUAUGAGCGGAGUCAAUAAUUCUAAUGGAGUGGUGGACCCCAGGGCCGUCUCCGUUCUAGUAAAAUGGCAGAAUUCCUAUAGCAUCAAAGUUGUACUCCAAGAAAUGCGGCGUCUAAUGAUGUCCAAAGAAAAUAUGAAAUUACCACAGCCUCCUGAAGGACAAUGCUACAGUAAUUGAAAAAAACGAAAAACAAAAGUUCAUAAAAAUUCAUGAAAAGAAACGGGAAAAAAAAACCGAAAGGAAACAUUCACGCCCAAUGUAAAAAAAAAAAAAAAAUAUUAAGCUUUCUUCAUUUUACACAGUAGUAAAUUUUCUAGAUACAUCUUGUAGGCCUCAAAGUACCGCAAACAAAAGUGAAGCUCCUGAGAUAAAAAUCUGUUUAACUUAAAAACUUUACUAAUAUUUUUUUUUUUUUUCUCCGUUCCCAUCCGAAAUCUAGAACGAUCAUGUCAGGUCUAACCACUGUCUAAAUAGUUUUGACUUCUGGUGUCAAGAAAAAUCUAUUUAAAUUUAUUACUGUACGAGAGGAGUGUGGCACAUUAACUCGACUGUGAAACCGUCUAUCACACAAUCACAUUGCUGCAGAAUUUCAUUUUUUUUUUCUCUCUUUUUUUUGGGCCUGGUUUAAUUUUCUUGCUUUCGACUUGUAGUUAAUGAGCUGUUCAUGAGUCCCACAAACGUCCCCGUACCUGCUCCCCUCACCUGCCUUCCCCUCCCCCUCUAUUUUUAUGUGUGCCUAGCUAUAAACUGGGCUUCAUGGACUACUAAUGGGAAUGCGUGCUAACAUGGGUCAUCCCUCCCUUUGUGUUCUCUUUAAUAAAUGCUGAGUGUGGCA